CUUAUAAUGUAAUAAAAAUAUAUGAGACCUUUAACAUCUGCGAGUCCAAACAAACUUCCAAUUUCAAACUUUGUUAGUGUUGAUCGUGAUAAAACUAGAGGUCAAACCUUUAUUCCUUAAUACACAAAAAUCGAAGAAGUACAAUCACCUAAAAAUCAAAAUAAUUUAAAUGCUUCCCAAAUAAUUGAAAUCUAAACCCUUAAAAAACAAGUCAUCUAAUUAGAUACUAAGUUAAAUUAAUAGAAUGAUAUCAUUACUCAAAUUAAAACUGAACUAGAAAAAAUGAAAGAGUUAAAUACAGAAUUAAUUGAAAAAUUAAAAAUGUCUGCUUCUCCAACUUUCUCUAAUACAAAUAACCUUGAUAGAAGAGCAAUUGAUGAUCAAAAAAAAAUUAGAUAAGAAAUCAUGUAAUUAGGAAACAAGUUUUCUGAAAUCGUAAUUUAAAUUAUAAAUAUUUUCAAGAAAGUCGAUUACGAGACCAAAUAAAUGUCUUUAGAAGAAAAAGUACGAUCCAUUUAAAUUUCAUUUGAAAAUAGAAUGAAGAUAUUCUUUGAAUCUAAAAUGGAAUUUGAAGAUAUUUACAAUUCAAUCAAUUAAUUAGGUAAAAAUGUUCGACAUAACCAAUAGCUAAUGAAUUAAGUCUCUUAAAAGAAAAAAGUGGCUCAAUUGAUAUGAUCAAUGAAACAUACCAUAUAGAUUAAAAGGGAUACUUGAUGGAUUCGAAAAAUAAUUACUUACUUGAUAAAGGAUAGAUGGUCAAACUGAAUGAUAAAUAAAUAAUUUAUUUAAAGCAACAUCAUAAAUUAUUAUGAAAUAACGAC